AUGUUGAUGAAAGGAAGUCUUACACUUAUCUUCGCUAUCAUUCUAUUAAAUUGUGUGAAAAAUGAAUGCCUAACAAUUCAAUGCUAUUCAUGUUCGGAUUGUGGUAAUUCAACUUUGAGUAAGUUGGCUACUAUUACAACUUCUAACGAUGACCAUCAAUGCAUAAAAACAAUGAUAACAACUGGAGAAAAUCCCAAGAGUCAACAACUAAUUAAUCGAGGUGCUUCAACACAAUGUCGAACUUUUAGAAGUGGACAGGUUUCAAUUUUUUGUUGUCACUCUGAUUUGUGUAAUGCCUAA